AAUAUAAUAUAUACAUGUCACGUAACACACGUUCUAAACAGUUCAUAUGUUUACCAAGUGACUUUUAAUUAAUAUUAUUGCAUUAUUAAUCUAAUUCCGAUGAAUUUUUGAAGUAGUUCAAAAUUUGAUACUAUUUUAACUAAUUUCUUAAGUAUCAAUAUCAUCUUUUCUAUAGUAAUUUAUUUAAAAUUAUUUCUUACCGGAAAAUAUGAAUAAAUUAUUGACUACAUCGAUAAGAGAAGUAAGUCAAAAGAUAAAUGCUGGUGAUGUGGGACCUUCUGAUGUUACAAAAGCAGCUAUUAAAGUUGCAUCAGCUAUUAAACCUUUAAAUGCUUAUAUUACUAUUACCGAUAAAACAGCAAAGAAACACGCUGAAAACUCAGAUUCACGGCAAAAAGAUUGUAGCUUAUUGGGAAAACUCGAUGGAAUUCCCAUUGCGAUUAAAGAUAAUUAUUGUACCAAAGGUCAUCUAACAACUUGUGCAUCAAAGAUGCUGUCAAAUUUUAUUCCCACCUACAAUGCCACUGUGUAUCAACGUUUAAAAGAUGCUGGGGCAGUGUUAAUUGGUAAAACUAAUCUCGAUGAAUUUGCUAUGGGUUCUGGAACUAUUGACUCAUAUUAUGGACCAACAAAAAACUUAUGGAACUCAGAUUUGCUUUCAAAAUUUUAUUCUUGCAAUAAUCAAAUGAAAGAAUAUACAGAACAGAAUAAAAAUGCAGAUUCCUGGCAUAUAGCAGGUGGUAGCAGUGGUGGUUCUGCAGUGGCUGUUAUAGCUGGAAGUUGUUAUGCUGCAAUUGGUUCAGAUACUGGAGGUUCAACUCGAAACCCAGCAUCUUAUUGUGGUUUAAUUGGAUUAAAACCUACUUAUGGUUUGGUAUCGCGCUAUGGACUUAUUCCUCUUGUAAAUUCAAUGGAUGUACCUGGUAUUCUUACAAGAAAUGUUGAUGAUGCUGUGUUAGUUUUAAAUACUAUAGCUGGUCCAGAUGAGUUUGAUUCUACUUGUUUACGAAAAGAAUAUGUACCAUUUGACAUACCAGACAAAAUAAAUAUUAAUAAUAUUAGAAUUGGAAUACCAAAGGAAUAUAAAGAGAAAAACCUAAGCCCAGAGGUACAAGAAUGUUGGGAUGAAAUUUCUCAAUACUUAAUUGAAGAUGGAGCAUCGCUUUCCACAGUAUCAUUGCCACAUACUAACUAUUCUAUAAUGUGUUAUACAAUUUUAAAUCGUUGUGAUGUUGCAAGUAAUCUUGCUUGUUAUGAUGGCAUGGAGUAUGGUUACAGAUCAGAUGAAUGGAGUUCGGUGCAUAAUAUGUAUAAGAAGACGAGGUCUGAAGGGUUUGGUAAAAUAGUUAAAGAACGUAUUCUAGUCGGGAAUUAUUUUUUAUUAAAUGAAAAUUACGAAGAAUAUUACGUAAAAGCAAUGAAAAUAAGAAGAUUAAUCUCAGAAGAUUUUGAUGCAGUAUGGAAUAAUAAUAUUGAUCUCCUACUCACUCCUACCACUUUAACAGGAGCUCCUACCUAUAAUGAUUUUAUUUCAAUGGAUAACCAGGCACAGUGUUUGAUUCAAGAUUAUUGUACUCAACCUGCUAAUAUGGCAGGUAUACCAGCACUUAAUGUGCCAAUUAAACUAUCUAAGAGUGGUUUACCAUUAUCCUUACAACUUAUGGGACCUCCUUUGAAAGAGAAGGAACUUCUUACUGUAGCAAAAUGGAUUGAACAGAGAGUGCAGUUUCCUAAACUUGAAUUGAAGGAUCUAUCUCUAUUACAAUAAAGUAUUUCUGUACGAAUCUUGUUUGAUUUCCUACAUCUCUUCUCCUUCUUACUACAUCUACUUGACUGUCUUUUAAACAAAUAUAAUAUAUUCUCGAAAAAUUAUUGUGGCAUAAGAUACAAUUUAUUAUACUCUUAAAAGGUAUUGACCAUGUUUGAAAUUUCAUUCUUUCGUUGAAAUUCCUACGUUGGAGGACCUUUUUGUUAUUGCAUUGCAAUGUACCGUGCUUUAGAAACGAAUGCUAGGCGUUAUACGUUAAAGCUAAACAGCGGUAAGGUCGACCGUCGGUACAGCAGAGUAUCGUGUCGACAUAGGUAUAUGCGGCGGUUGGAAAAAUAUUUAUACAAACUGUAUCUGAAUUAUGAAUUAAAUUUUAUCAUUGACUAUGUAUAUCCUUGUUUGUGAUUUUAUUAUAUGUUAUAUUAUGAAUAACAGUAA